ACACAUCUUCUUCUUAGGGAAGAGUCUCCAAGCUCUUACAUGUGCUUGAGACACUCGAUCGGCCGGAAGGGGAGGUUCCUGAUCUAUACGCAGGGAAGAGAGAUCAGUUCAAGUCUUCAAGCAAAUCGAAAUUUGGUGGUGAUGGAAGGAACGGAGAGAGAAGGCCCUAUUUUCAGGGAUAUAAGGCGCUAUUACUGCCAGUAUUGUGGCAUUUGUAGAUCCAAGAAGUCGCUCAUCACCUCGCAUGUUCUUGCCCACCAUAAGGAUGAGAUUGAGAAGAGCGACGAUGGAAAUGAACGAAUGGAGGAGCAGAAGUCAAAUACUUGUGAAGAAUGUGGUGCAAGCUUUAAGAAACCGGCAUAUUUGAAGCAACAUAUGCAAAGUCAUUCGCUUGAGAGGCCGUUUACUUGCCCAGUUGGUGACUGCCAGUUAAGCUACAGGAGAAAAGAUCACUUGACCCGUCACCUGUUCCAGCACCAAGGGAAGCUUUUUAAUUGUCCCGUAGAGAACUGCACUCGUAGAUUUGCAUUUCAGGGUAAUAUGAAGCGCCAUGUGAACGAGAUUCAUGAAGAACAAGUGUCUUCCUCUUGCAACUCUGGGGGUCAAAAGCAGCAUGUUUGCAAGGAGUGUGGAAAGGUGUUUGAAUUUGCAUCAAAGUUGAGGAAGCAUGAGGAUUCUCAUGUCAAACUAGAUACUGUGGAAGUGGUUUGUGGGGAGCCAGGCUGUAUGAAACACUUCACCAAUGAUGAAUGCCUUAAAGCCCAUAUCCAGUCAUGCCACCAACAUGUUACCUGUGAGGUUUGUGGACAAAAGCAUCUGAAGAAAAAUAUCAAGCGGCAUAUGCGGAUGCAUGAAGCUGGAGUUUCAUCUAGUGAUAUCAAAUGCAGUUUCAGCAGUUGUCAACGCACAUUCACAACUAAAUCAAAUCUUAAACAACACAUAAAGGCAUCACACCUUGAGGUCAGACCAUUUCCCUGCCGAAUUCAUGGAUGCGACAUGGAGUUCCCAUAUAAACAUGUUAGGGAUAAUCAUGAGAAAUCUGGAAUUCAUACUUAUGUUCAUGGGGAUUUUGUGGAGUCUGAUGAACUAUUCCGAUCACGGCCAAGAGGUGGGCGUAAAAGGGCAUGCCCUAGUGUGGAGACUUUGCUACGGAAGAGGGUAACCCCACCUAGUGAGUUUGAUUCUGCUUCGAUCCAGGGAGCAGAAUAUAUUGCAUGGUUACUUUCUGGUGGAGAUGAACAACAGUGAGAUAUACACAUUUUUUGGUGGUGUGGUAUUAGUAAUAGCUGUAGCAAAGAUCAUAAGAGAAACAACUGUUUUCCCUUUUUAUUCAGAAUAUCUAUACAUUGGAUGUAUAUAGGUCUAAAUGCAUUGUAAAUUGUAAUCAACAUAAUUGAACUCCUUGCAGUAUGGUCUUCUGCCAUUUCUAA